CCUUGGCUCGGCCAGCAACUUACACUCCCUCUUCCUGCCACCACUUCCGGUUCCGGUUGCGGCUAGCUUUAGAGUACUACGCGUGGCCAUGGCUGGGAGCCGGCUGGAAACCGUGGGGAGCGUCUUUUCGCGGACUCGGAACCUGCUUCGAGCUGGGGUGUUGAAGGAGAAGCCCCUCUGGUAUGACAUAUAUGAGGCCUUUCCUCCGCUGAGGGAGCCAGUCUUCCAAAGGCCCCGCUUGCGAUAUGGCAAAGCCAAAGCGCCCAUCCAGGACAUCUUGUACCACGAAGAUCGGAUUAGAGCGAAAUUUUAUUCUGCUUAUGGGCCUGGUCAAAAAGCUUUUGAUCUGUUCAAUCCAAACUUCAGAUCUACCUGUCAACGGUUCGUGGAGAAGUACAUUGAGCUGCAGAAUCUUGGAGAAACAGACGAAGAGAAGUUAUUCGUGGAAACAGGAAAAUCUUUAUUGGCAGAAGGUGUCAUUUUAAGACGAGUGGGAGAGGCAAGGAGCCAGCUGGAAGGUAGUCACGUGAAUGCCAGAACCCAAGCUGCCUUGGAUGGAAACCAGCCCGAGGAAGAAGUGAGCCAGGACCAGCAUAUGGAGGCGCCUGAGGAGCCGUCAAAAGGUCUCCCGGCUCCCUGAAGGACUUGUAUAUGGACGGCACGCUGCGCGCUGCAGAGAGUGGGCUGUUUUUAACAGUUGAACUAUGUAAAUGCUUCCUGAUCUCCAAGGCAUUAGUGUUCACCUUUUCUUAGUUCCCACUUCUGGGUUGUCAUGCAGCUCAGUAUCACAGCAGUUUUGUGAACUUUUAUUUUAGGACAUUACUAAAUAAAAGAUUCCAUACUGCCGAUAAAGUAAA